AUGUCGCUGGAAGAGUGUAAACGCAAGCGUGCAAGCAUAAAACGAAACAUAUCACGCAUCAAAUCUAUUGUUGAUGUCAUUAAAGAUGCUGAGGACAAACCAUGGCAUGCCGAGCUACAAUGCCGUUUAGGAAUUUUAGAAUCUUAUUUUAAACAAGCGUUAUCUGUACAAGCUGAAAUAGAGGAUUUGGAUCCAACAGAUAAUGGUCGCGCGGAUUUGGAAGAUAGCUACGUCGCAGUUAAACUAAGUAUUCAAGCACAACUUGGCGAGGAUGUGAACAGUACUGUAAAUUAUACUGAGCCGGCAUCAUCAGCGUCUGGUUCCACCGUCUCACAUCUCCCAAGGUUGUCGCUACCUAGUUUUAGUGGAAAUUACGCUGAAUACAAAAAAUUCAUAACGUCUUUCACCCAAAUAAUUGCACGUGAGCCUAGACUCUCAAAUAUCGAAAGAUUCAAUUAUCUGUUAUCUUGCUUGAAAGGGGCAGCACUAGAAACCGUCAAAGCCUUUCAGGUCACAAGCGAGAAUUAUCCGAAGGCUUUAGAUAGGCUUAAAGAACGCUUCGAUAAUCCUACCUUAAUAUUUUUAGAAGGCAUUGCUUCGCUGUUUACGUUGCAAUCGGUUGACAAACCAAACCCUCAACAGUUGCGCAGCCUAGUCGACAAAGCGUCGGCUAUCUUCAGCUCGUUGGAGUCUUUGGGCACCAGCACGAACAUCUCACAGGCAAUGCUUAUCUACAUAGUUAUAAGCAAAUGUGACCAGCAAACUCGUAACAAGUGGAAUGAAGCUCUAGAUUAUAAAUCACUUCCAACCUGGUCUCAGUGCACUCAGGUCUUGGAACGUCACUGCCAAUUUCUAUACUCAUCUGAAUCGUCUUUGCAGCGCAAAUCUGAUUCAAACAAGCAAAAUCGGUCAGGGGCCAACAGUCAGAAGUCAUCGUUCGCCAUUACUAAACCUUGCUGCGUUCUCUGUUCUGGUUCCAAUCAUAAAAUCAGUAGUUGCACGCAAUUCAAGGAGCUGAAUACCACUCAACGGUUCGACGCCGCAAAGCGGUACGAUCUGUGUAUCAACUGUCUUAGCAACGGACAUAGAAUCGCCCAGUGUCCGUCAAAGAAUCGUUGUCGCACAUGCAAUCGUGCCCAUCACACGAUGCUGCAUCACGACAACGCGUCUCAGUCACCAUCGACAGCAUCAUCAUCUACUACCUCAUCACAACCUUCGUAUUCUGCUCGAGCUCCGUGGAAUAAUGCAUCAUCACAAUCAUCCGAAUCGUUUAGUAAACAGCAAACGUACAACGAGGCACGCUCAUUGCAAGCAGCAACGCAUUCGCACAUGGAUUUAUCGGAGGGUGGUAACGUAAUUCUGGCAACGGCUAUGGUGCUCGUCAAAGACUCGACAGGCGCGUACAAACUUGGUAGAGCCUUACUCGAUUCAUGCUCCCAAGUAAACUUCAUCACCGAUGAUUUCGCUCAAAAACUUCGGCUUAGCAGAGAAAGGCAUUAUGUCGGCAUUCGGAGUAUUGGUGAAUCACUCACCAAUCUCAAGGCACGCACAACAACUACCAUCAAAUCACGCACUUCAUCGUUCGAACUUUCAUUGCAAUUUGGAAUUACUUCGCAAAUCGCAUAUCAACCUGACAGUGAAAUUGACACUUCAACUUGGAAUCUGCCAGCCAAUACCACAUUAGCAGACGAACUGUUCUUUAAACCGCGGCGCAUCGAUUUGUUGCUUGGCACAGAGGCCUUCUUCGACGCACUUUCUGUUGGUCAAAUACGACUGGGCUCUAACUUACCUACGCUUCAAAAAACUUUGUUGGGUUGGGUCGUUUCAGGCAGAUAUCAACGUCAACGUCAGGCGGUAUCUGCGUCUUAUCUGCUGUCAAACGAAAGCUCUAUCGAUGAAAAUCUACAGCUGUUAUGGAAGCUUGAAGCAGUCGACACAACAGUCAAACCGAUUCAGCCUGAACAUCGUAUAUGCGAAAACUACUUCUUAGCUACAACUCAUCAGGACGCUACAGGACGCAAACCUACCUUUCAGAGACAGUCCAAAUCGCCUAGGAAAGUCGCUUGA